AUCCAUAUAUAUAUGUUUAACAUCCCUAUUAACUAUUAAAGUCGCAAACCGUUGCUGUUGAUUCUCCGCCUGUGCGCUCUCGUGUGCGAAAACCAUUAAAGCAAUUAUCGCCACUUCAGUGUUGGAGUCAGAGCCGCACCUCCUGCGGCCACUCAGGCAGUGAAACAGCAGACCAGCAGCAGCACCAGCGUCGAUUCCCAAGCAGGCAUCACAGCUUCGCUUCUCCAAGAUGGCCAAGUACUCGGGCAAGAAGUGCCGCCUGCUCUCCAUGAUGUGGCUGACGGCGUUCUUUUUCUUUGUUGAAAUCAUCGUUGGAUAUGUGACAAACUCCAUGGCUUUGGUGGCCGACAGCUUUCAUAUGCUGGGUGACAUUGCCGCUCUGGUUAUAUCAUUUCUGUCUGUGAAGAUGUCACCGAAAAAAUGGUCGAAGAACACAUUUGGCUGGGCCCGUGCCGAGGUUCUGGGUGCUUUGGUCAAUGCCGUGUUUCUGGUGGCGCUCUGCUUCAGCAUCACCAUUGAGGCGUGCAAGCGAUUCAUUGAAAUGGAGGAAAUCCAUCAGCCCAAGCUCUUGGUUAUUGUUGGAGUGCUGGGACUGCUCGUGAAUGUGAUUGGACUAUGCCUGCUCUAUGAGCAUGGCGGACACCAUGGACACUCGCAUGGCGGCGGUCUCACUCGCAAUCACAGUCGCCUCACCGAAUUGGCCAACAUGGACGAGGGCGAGGGCGAUGAUGAGCAGAAUGAUUAUGCCUACGAGAAGCAAAAGGAGAAGAAACAAAUUAAGAAAUCCAGCCAUGGCCACAGCCAUGAUCCUGGCUCCAUGAACAUGCGCGGCGCCUUCUUGCACGUGCUCAGCGAUGCCCUGGGCAGCGUCAUUGUUGUCAUCAGUGCUGUUGUGGUGUGGACAACCAAAUGGGAAUACCGCUACUACAUGGAUCCCGCUCUCUCAAUUGUGCUCGUGGUGCUCAUUCUGCACUCGGUCUGGCCUUUGUUGCGUGAAUCCGCCUUGAUUCUGCUGCAGACUGUGCCCACGCACAUCCAGGUGGAUGCCAUACAGAAGCGACUGCUGGAGAAGGUCGAUGGAGUGCUGGCAGUGCACGAGUUCCAUGUGUGGCAGCUGGCAGGCGAUCGCAUCAUUGCCUCUGCACAUAUACGAUGCCGCAAUCUGUCGGAAUACAUGAAAAUUGCCGAAAAGGUCAAGGAGUUCUUCCACAAUGAGGGCAUACAUUCCACUACCAUUCAGCCAGAGUUUAGCGAAAUCGAGGCCUGCAACAUGUCCGACGGUACCUCCAGCAUCAACAUGAGCGGCUCCGAUUGCUGUGCCCUCGACUGUCCCACCACCGAUGAGGGCUGUGUCAAGGCCACUUGUUGCCAAAAUAAUAACAAAUUGAACCAACUGCCUUCACCCACCAAUUCGCCUUAUCUGUGUCGUCAGCGGAAUGCAGCGCGUCAGGCUGGCGAUGUGGAGGCUGGCUCUUUGCUGGAUGCGGCAACGUCCAGUGGGAACCAAGGGGCUGCUGUCGGGGAAGUUAGCGACUCCCUUGCCAUCACGGCAACAUCAACGCCAAAGAGCGAAUUAGUCUGACAACAUCCAAAGCAAGCGCAACAACAGCAGCAGCCGCAGCCACAGCCACAGCAAGCGCAACCGCAACAUGUAGUACACUUUGCCACGACCAAGCCAACAGCAACAGCAAAAGCAACAAAAUCAGCCACAAAACCAAAAGCAACAGCAGCAGCAGCAGCAAAAGCAGAAACAUCAUCAAUACGUGAUAUAAUGUACGAGCCAAGAAGCGCCAACAACAAAGUAGAAGUGGCUUCCAGCAGUGGGUGUGGCAGUGUCGAUGGGAACAAUCUGUCGUCGGUGACUGCACAGCGUCGACGAGAGCUUCAGUUGCGCGCCGAACAGCAGUUUGAGGAGCAGGUGACGGUGACACCUCUGAGAAGCCGCAACGGCGAUGAGGUUGCCCUCUAAUUUGAAGCCCGAGCUGUUUAGUUAGUUAGUUAGGAGGAGACUGGUGCUGCCAUUCGGUGCAGUAUUUAUGUGUGUUUCAAGUGUUUUUGUAUCCAUUGUUUGUUCUUAGUAGAAUUUUAGGGAUAAAUGUGUGAGAGAGGGAGUAGAUGAUGGAUGGGUGCAAUGCAGGCUGAUGAUUGUUUGCUAGUUUAAUUGAAACAGAAAUCAAAAGCAAAAACCACACAAUUGAAUGGGAAUGGGGCAGCGAAAGUGUUUGUGGAAUUGGUGCGUGCGUGUGUGCUGCUGCUUUUUAUGGGGACAUGUUUCGUUUCAUUCAUUUAACAAUAUAUAGAGCAUACAAUACUAUAUAGAAUAUGUUAAUAACUAAUCGAGGAGUGUAGUUAAUUCACAACAAUCUAGUAAGUUUAAGUUUAAACAAGUAAACGUGAGCCCAACCAAACCAGAGAAAUACACAUAUGUACUACAGAUACAGUUUUUUACAUUUUGAAAAGUUUAUACCGUCGCAAAA